GUUUCACUUCUGGGGUUGAUGUGGAAACACACACACGUCCGUUCCACCGCGUUCUGCUUCAUCACGGUGAUGCCGGGAGUUCUGCCUCCGCAUCGCAGCAGGAACUGAUUGAUCAAACUCCGACUGCUGUCACAAGCCAAGCCAGUCUGAGGCUUUCCUCGUCAGGACGCUUGUUAAUGAAACUCGUUUCACUUCAACCUGGAAGGUGAGAGGAAGAUCUGAGACCAGGAUGCAUGGUGAGGAGGUGAGACGGUGAGUCCAGCCCAGAGAAACGCCUGGAAACAAACAUCAUGAGCUCAUCCAGCUCUGGACCAGCUGAGGAGCCGGUGACGCCGCCGCCACUGACCACACCCCCUCGCAAGCCUUCGGUCCGCCUCCAGGAAAGGAGGGGCUCCAACUUGUCGCUGCUAUUGGAUGUGAGCAAUCUGGGGGUGGAGUCUGUUUGCUCUGUGACUACGCCCAAGGAGGUGUGGCUUCAGCUGCUACACACCUCCUCCCGAGUUCUCACACAUGCUCAGUUACAGGAAGCUGCAGCAGACACCAACGCUCUGAAUGCAGAAUACCAGAAGAUUCCUCCCAACUUUGUGAGCGCCGCCGAGCUCGACGUUCCAGGACACGUGAUGAAAGACCGAUACAAAACCAUCCUUCCCAACCCAGAGAGCCGGGUGAUCCUGAAGAACCUGGAGGAGGAACCGGGUCCAGAUCGCUACAUCAACGCCAACUAUGUCAGGGGCUACAAGGGGGCUCCAAAGGCCUUUAUCGCCACCCAGGGGCCGAUGCUGCACACCGUCGGAGACUUCUGGGACAUGGUCUGGCAGGAGGGGAGCAGCAUUAUCGUCAUGGUCACCAAACUGAAGGAGAACAAUGAGAAAUGUGAGCCGUACUGGCCCCGGCUGAAGGAAAGACCAAAGGUGAGGGAAGUGGAUGAGAGCCAGGAGCAGGAGAUUCAGAGGGAGGAAGGUGAAGACGAGGGAGAGACAAGUCGAUUCGGCAGGUUCCUGCUGAGUGUUAAAGACUGCCAAGAAAAAGACGGCUUCACCAUCACAGACAUGGAGAUCCAGAUGAACUCUGACCAUCGUCCUGUCAGACACUACUGGUUCAGCUCCUGGCCCGACCACCACAUUCCAGAAUGCAUUGUUUCUCUGCUGAAACUCGUGGAGGAGGUUGAGACAUACAAGAAGUCCCUUGAACCAUCUAGCAGCCCUGCACCAAUCACAAACACCAUCUCUGGUCCUGGACCAAUCAUUGUCCACUGCAGUGCAGGUAUCGGGAGGACAGGCUGCUUCAUAGCCAGCAGUAUCUGCUGUCAGCAGCUUAGAGAAACUGGAAACGUGGACAUCCUGGAGACAGUCUGUCAGCUCCGACUCGACAGGGGGGGGAUGAUCCAGACCACUGAGCAGUACCAGUUCCUGUACUCCACACUAGCCCAGUACAGCCUCCAGCUGCAGCAGAACCAGAACCAGAACCAGACCACCACAGUCCCACCGAACCAGCAGAGCCCCGAGGACCAGGUCAGCAUGCGAAUGCAGACCCUUCAGCUACAGACCGCCUGAAAAAGGAUCUAGAAGUUGCUCUACCAGCUGUGCGCUUAAAGAAAACAGCAGAACCUCCAGGAAGGAUUGGUAGAGAGCUAGACCAGAUAGAACACCCCAGCAGGAUGUUUGGAUCAUAACAAGAUAUUCAACCUGGACUGAAAUUAUCAGAAAAAAAACAGAUUAGUAGAUUUUAAAGAAACUUCCUGUUAAUAUCUGUGUGCUUUGAUUGCUAUGAAUAAAAACUGUUCAAAACAGCUGAAUAUUUAUUAA